AUGACUGGCGGUUGGAGUGGAGGUGGACCGUGUCUACAAGCCCUCCAGAUGUCGCUCAACGAUAUAAAUGCGCGCGAAGAUAUUCUUACAGAUUUCGAGUUGAAGUUAGACUACAUUAACACCAAGUGCAGCGCAGGUACCGCCCUUUACCGGAUGUUUGAUAAACUGAACGAGGAGCAAGCUUUUGUCAUGAUUAUCGGUGAUGGCUGUUCCGUUGUAUCUGAAGUCACGGCACAAGUGACUCAUCUAUGGAACCUUACCCAGCUAUCAUACGGUUCAGUGUCACCUGUAUUAGCUGAUCGAGAACGGUUCCCGAAGUUCUUCCGUCUGUCCACACCAGAUCAGAAACACAACGCCGUAAGGAUAGCUCUAAUGGAAAAAUAUAACUGGAAGAAAGUGGCAACAAUUAACCAGGCCCUAGAUUUCUUCUCAGCGGUUAUAGAAGACUUUGUAAAGAGGGUUCAUGAAACAGACAUAACCAUACUUUCACAAGAAAUAUUUACAGCAGAUCCGAUGACACGGGUGCAAAACCUUAAGGACCAUGAUGCAAGAAUUAUAGUAACAGCAAUGUACGAAGAUAAAGCCCGUGCACUUCUCUGUGCCGCUUUUAAAGUUGGACUGUAUGGACCUAAGAUCGUCUGGAUAUUUACUGGAUGGUAUUCUCAGAACUUUUGGAAGGAAAAACUCGAGAAUAUCGAUUGUACAGAGAAAGAAAUGGUACUGGCUGUUGAAGGCGCAUUUCUUUCAAGGGGAGUAAUUCGAAACCCCACUGAUGAAAAAGGCAUUGCAAACAUCACAGCAAACGAAUUUGAUGACGCGUACUUCAGUCAUCCAGAAUAUAACAUGGAUACGAAUAACUUUGAUUUUAUCGCUCCACAAUGCUAUGACACAAUGUGGGUUGCAGCAGCUGCACUGGAUUGUACUGUUCAGAAUAUGCAAAAACUCGGCCAUCAAAAAACUUUGGACAGUUUCACAUACGCGGAUGGUGACAUAAACGACAUAUUAUUUGAUUGCUUAGAAAACACAACAUAUACGGGCGUAAGUGGAAAUGUUGUGUUUGAAAAAGGAGAUCCUGACAAAAUGAUCAAAUUAGAACGUAUUCAAGAUGGCAAGAGAGUACAUAUUGGUUUCUACAGACUAGACAAAAAUCCUGUGUACUUCGAGUGGCUUCACGAUGGUAUAAAAUGGAAAGAUAACGCUAUACCAAGAGACUCGACACUGAUUACUUACGAAGAAAUCCAAAUACCACUGGUGCUGAGCGUGUCUAUGAUAGUAUUAGCGGUGUGUGGAAAUUGUCUUACUUUAGCUUUCUUUGCGUUCAAUGUCCUCUACAGGAAAAACAGCUAUGUGAAGAUGUCCUCACCAAACAUCAACAAUGUUUUAUUACUUGGAUGUGUAUUGUGUUACUGCACUGUUUUCUUUAAAACAACUGGAAUCACCAGUGACGUUAUUUGUAAGGUUGUAUGGGCAUUUUAG